AUGGCUGACUUUGAAGAUUCUGCUGCGCGCUAUGAAGAUGACCAACGCUACGAACGUCGUGAUCGCUCUGCAUCGCCACGAGGUGACCGUGAUGAUCGAAAUCGCAGCCGCUCACCCAAUGGCCGUGAAAGACCUCCUCCACCUCCCUCGGACACAAGAAUGAAAGACGCUCCAGAAGAUGAGGGUGCUGUGAACACCGGUUCAAAUCUUUUCGUCACUGGCAUACAUCCUCGCCUCACCGAGGGUGAUGUUUCUCGCUUGUUCGAAAAAUACGGUGAUGUGGAAAGCUGCUCAAUCAUGUUGGAUCCUCACACAAAGGAAUCUCGCGGCUUUGGCUUCGUAAAGAUGGUAACCACUGAGCAAGCCGAGGCUGCCAAGGAAGGUCUCCAAGGCGAGACCAUUGAGGGUCGCACUCUCAGCAUUGAGAAGGCUCGUCGUGCGCGUCCCCGUACACCAACCCCAGGCAAAUAUUUCGGUCCUCCCAAGCGUGGUGAUUUCCGUGGACCCCCUGGUGGUGGCCGUGGUGGCGGUUAUCGUGAGCGCUACGACGAUCGCCGCGGUGGCUACCCUCCCCGUCGUGACGAUUAUCGUGGCUCUCGACACAAUGAUGAUUAUGAGCGACGAGGCUACGGAGGUGGCGGUCGUCGUGAGAGAGAUGACGGAUACGGCGGUCGCGGCAUUGAUCGCUAUGAGAGUCGACGUGGUGAUGAUAGCUACACUGGAGGUGCUAGCGGUGGCGGCAGUGGUGGCGAGCGUCGUGGCUACUACCGUGGCGGCGAAGAUCGCGGCUAUGGAGCCACUCCCCGCGACGAAGCCCCUCGUGAUUACGCCGGUGGACGGGAUUAUCCUCGCGAGGACCGAUAUGCUAGCAGGUAA